AUGGACGCUAAAGUCGGCUAUGGGGACCUCACCAUUGAGCAAGGGUUGCAGGAGCUGAUAUUGGCUAAAACCUCCAUCAUGGAGGCCCGGUACGCGAUGGCUGCGAUGCUCUCGCUGCAGCUGUACGAGUGGUUAGCUGGAAUAGACGCAGAGGUGCGACUGAUACAUCGCGCGCGCUGGACGUGGAUCAAGACUCUCUACCUUCUCUGUCGCUAUUACCCACUGCUGCUCUGGAUGGUCGUUAUGUGGGCAUAUGUAGGCAACCACAGUUAUGCCAUAUGCCAACCCGCCGUGCAUCCUAUUCAUGCAUUCCUUGCUCCUUUUCAAUUCUUUUCGCAAGCUGUCAUGCUAAUGAGAGCGUUCGCGUUUUCUGGCCGCGAUAUUCGCGUUCUCGCCUUGCUGGGGUUUUGCUAUCUCGGCCUCGUAGGCCUCGACAUCUGGGUAUUUUGCGUGCAAGUGCAACUGCCUCCUUGGGAGCUAUUCUGGGCCCUCGGUGGAGCAACUGGCUGCUUCCCAAAUUACGGAGAAGGAGCGAUGGGUCUUCGGAUAGGCUAUUCGAUGCUUGCAGCGACGUUGAUGGACUUGAUCUCGUUGGCGGUCGUAUUUAUCCACUGUGUGAAAACACGCUCCCAUGAUGUCUCGCUCGGUCGCUACUUCGUAAACCAAGGUCUGACGGCAUUCGCAUUCGUAUCUCUCGUCAACGUUGGGACGGCAAUUACAUAUUUCCGGCCACCAAGAUAUCAUACGGGCAUUGGUCUGCCGUUGAUUCUGGUAAUUGCCAAUAUCGCAGCAUGUCGAAUCAUCUUGGAACUGCGAAAGAAAGUCUGUCCAACAGAAUCAGAACUAGCGAGACAACACUCUUUUAUAGUGAACAACGCACUACGGACACGUUCUACUGAUUCCUGGAUCAUGGAAGGGCCGUAG